CGGCCUUUCCUCCGCCUCAGAUUCUGGGCUCCGUGGUUGCGCCGCCGCCGCCGUACCCGGAUGUACCAGCUGACGCGCCGGGUUGGCCUCAUCAUUUGGAGACAGUCGGAGACGGCGCGAGGAUCGGGAGGAGGCGGGUGCGGGUUAGUCCGUUGCAAACGUUGAGCUCCGCUGGCGGAGGCCGCCCCCCGCCCAGACCCUCGAGUACGGGAGACCGGCCGGCCCGGCUCCACGCCUUUGUUGUUUCGACGUGGGAAGAGACUGCUCCCUUUUCCGUUAUCGGCGCCGACGGCCCACAGCCACCCUCCUCCUCCUCGCCCCAUCGGGACGUGGGCUGCAGGCCCUGAGCCGAGAUGAGCAACUCGCGGAAUAACCGGGUGAUGGUGGAAGGCGUCGGGGCGCGGGUGGUGAGGGGCCCCGACUGGAAGUGGGGGAAGCAGGACGGCGGCGAGGGCCACGUGGGCACCGUGCGCAGCUUCGAGAGCCCCGAGGAGGUCGUGGUCGUUUGGGACAACGGCACGGCUGCCAACUACCGCUGCUCGGGGGCCUACGAUCUGCGUAUCCUGGACAGCGCGCCCACCGGAAUUAAACAUGACGGAACCAUGUGUGAUACUUGUCGCCAGCAACCAAUAAUUGGUAUUAGAUGGAAAUGUGCUGAAUGUACAAAUUAUGACUUGUGCACAGUAUGCUAUCAUGGGGACAAACAUCACCUGCGACAUCGCUUUUACAGAAUAACCACCCCAGGAAGUGAAAGGGUAUUGUUAGAGUCUCGGCGUAAAUCAAAGAAGAUUACUGCAAGAGGAAUCUUCACAGGUGCCAGAGUAGUUCGAGGAGUUGACUGGCAGUGGGAAGAUCAGGAUGGUGGCAAUGGACGUCGGGGCAAAGUAACAGAAAUCCAAGACUGGAGUGCAUCGAGCCCACACAGUGCAGCAUAUGUUUUAUGGGACAAUGGAGCUAAAAACCUUUACAGAGUUGGCUUUGAGGGCAUGUCAGACCUUAAAUGCGUUCAAGAUGCGAAAGGAGGAUCCUUCUAUCGAGACCACUGUCCUGUUCUGGGUGAGCAAAAUGGGAAUCGGAAUCCUGGUGGCUUGCAGAUUGGCGACCUAGUGAACAUUGAUCUUGAUUUAGAAAUUGUCCAGUCUUUGCAGCAUGGCCAUGGGGGAUGGACUGAUGGGAUGUUUGAAACUUUAACGACCACCGGCACUGUUUGUGGUAUAGAUGAAGAUCAUGACAUAGUUGUUCAGUAUCCAAGUGCCAAUAGGUGGACUUUUAAUCCUGCAGUACUUACCAAAGCCAAUGUUGUUCGAAGUGGAGAUGCUGCUCAGGGAGCUGAAGGAGGUACUUCACAAUUUCAAGUGGGUGACCUUGUCCAAGUGUGUUAUGACUUGGAAAGAAUCAAGCUGCUUCAACGAGGACAUGGCGAAUGGGCUGAAGCAAUGCUUCCUACUUUAGGUAAAGUUGGAAGGGUACAACAAAUUUAUUCAGACAGUGACUUAAAGGUAGAGGUUUGUGGAACCUCUUGGACAUAUAAUCCAGCUGCUGUGUCAAAGGUAGCAUCGGCAGGCUCUGCCAUAAGCAAUGCAUCUGGUGAGAGAUUGUCCCAGCUGUUGAAAAAACUGUUUGAAACUCAGGAAUCUGGUGAUCUUAACGAAGAACUUGUUAAAGCAGCUGCUAAUGGAGAUGUAGCAAAAGUUGAAGACUUGCUGAAGAGACCAGAUGUAGAUGUGAAUGGGCAGUGUGCAGGACACACAGCUAUGCAAGCAGCUAGUCAGAAUGGACACGUCGACAUUUUGAAAUUGCUUCUAAAGCAGAAUGUGGAUGUAGAAGCAGAGGACAAAGAUGGAGACAGGGCUGUUCACCACGCAGCUUUUGGUGAUGAAGGAGCCGUGAUAGAGGUCUUGCAUAGAGGGAGUGCAGAUCUGAAUGCUCGUAAUAAACGUAGGCAGACCCCACUUCAUAUUGCUGUCAAUAAAGGUCAUCUUCAAGUAGUGAAGACUUUGCUGGAUUUUGGUUGUCAUCCUAGUCUCCAGGAUUCUGAGGGCGAUACUCCCCUUCAUGAUGCAAUUAGUAAAAAGCGUGAUGACAUUUUGGCUGUACUUCUAGAAGCUGGAGCAGAUGUUACUAUUACAAACAACAAUGGGUUUAAUGCUCUCCAUCAUGCUGCACUAAGAGGGAAUCCAAGUGCAAUGCGAGUAUUACUUUCCAAGCUUCCAAGACCAUGGAUUGUGGAUGAGAAAAAAGACGACGGCUACACUGCCUUGCAUCUUGCAGCACUUAAUAAUCAUGUGGAAGUGGCAGAACUCUUGGUGCACCAGGGGAGUGCUAACCUGGAUAUCCAGAAUGUCAACCAGCAAACUGCACUGCACCUUGCUGUUGAACGACAGCACACUCAAAUAGUGCGGCUCCUGGUUCGUGCAGGUGCUAAACUGGAUAUUCAGGAUAAAGAUGGGGAUACUCCUCUGCAUGAAGCCCUGAGGCACCAUACCUUGUCACAGCUUCGCCAACUGCAAGACAUGCAAGAUGUUGGAAAGGUAGAUACUGCUUGGGAGCCAUCAAAGAACACAUUGAUAAUGGGACUAGGUACUCAGGGAGCAGAGAAGAAGAGUGCAGCAUCUAUCGCUUGUUUCCUGGCAGCCAAUGGAGCAGACCUGGGUAUUCGUAAUAAGAAGGGUCAGUCUCCCCUUGACUUGUGUCCUGACCCCAGCCUGUGUAAAGCAUUGGCAAAAUGUCACAAAGAAAAAGCCAGUGGUCAGGUUGGUUCCCGAAGUCCCUCUAUGAUCAGCAACGAUUCAGAAACCUUAGAAGAAUGUAUGGUAUGCUCGGAUAUGAAGAGAGAUACUUUAUUUGGUCCAUGUGGGCAUAUUGCUACCUGUUCCCUUUGUUCACCAAGAGUCAAAAAAUGCCUUAUCUGCAAAGAUCAAGUUCAAUCAAGAACAAAGAUUGAAGAAUGUGUUGUAUGCUCGGACAAAAAAGCAGCAGUGCUCUUUCAGCCUUGUGGUCACAUGUGUGCUUGUGAAAAUUGUGCCAGUCUAAUGAAAAAAUGUGUACAGUGUCGGGCAGUGGUAGAACGAAGAGUGCCUUUUAUCAUGUGUUGUGGUGGAAAAGGUACAGAAGAUAUUGUUGACGAUAUUGCAAGUGGAAACAUUCCAGUUCUGCAGAAGGACAAGGACAAUACCAAUGUCAAUGCUGAUGUACAAAAAUUGCAGCAGCAAUUGCAGGACAUAAAGGAACAGACCAUGUGUCCUGUAUGUCUGGACCGUUUGAAGAAUAUGAUCUUUCUAUGUGGGCAUGGAACAUGUCAGCUUUGUGGUGAUCGAAUGAGUGAAUGCCCUAUCUGUCGGAAAGCUAUUGAACGAAGGAUUCUUUUGUAUUAAAAUAUCAAGUGUCUCUUUCUUUAACCAUAUCAUUGUCAGUAAAUGUAACUUAUUGAGUUUGUAUACGCUUUAGUGGCAGCUUUGAAGAAGGUCAUGAAAACAUUUCUGAUGCUGAAUAAGUGUGCUGCAUUAUAAGUGCUUAGAGACUGGCAGUUUCAACACAGAUCAGUAUUUGAGUGGCCAACCUCUCCUGUUAAGAAAGCUAGACCAAGGAUAGAUUAACAAAGCUGUUUUUCUUCGUAUAUCAUUUGCCUCUUCACUUUUCCCUGCCUAUUUAUGUUAAAGGGACAAUCUUGAUUUAUUGUCUUGGUAGUUUUGUUUUGUAUGUAUGAGCUCUAAGUUCAGACAUGUUAAUUUUUAUACUGUCAGUAUCUUUCAUUUAUAAAUGGGUUUUUUAUUCUCUAAAUGAUAUUUGUUUAAAGAUUUUUCUUAGUGCCAGUAGUAAAUUGCACAGCAAGCUAAGGCUUAUAACUCAGCACAAUAAAUAGUGCUUUCAGUAUUA